AGAGAGUCAGUGGGGCUCAUUCUGCGGUUAUAGGCUGUAAAUCCUUGCCGGUUUGCGAAGCAUUUGUAAAUUGCCAACGUUCUUCAUCUUAGUUAUCUAAAUAUAUAUUUUUGCUUAUCUCUACAGGUGCCGCUAAAAAUAUAUAGCUACAAUGGUGUCGCACUCGCUCGCGUUACCGAUGAUCUGCUUCACGAUUCUGUGGGGACUGGUAGGGGUCGUGGCUCCAUUUUUUGUACCGAAAGGACCGAACAGGGGUGUCAUCAUUACCAGUCUGGUGUUGACAGCGGUCUGUUGCUAUUUAUUCUGGUUAAUAGCAAUAUUGGCCCAGGCAAAUCCUCUGUUUGGACCACAGCUGAAGAAUGAGACCAUCUGGUACCUGCGUUAUUACUGGGAAUAAGGAAUGCAUUUCCUGUAUUGAGACCACAUUUCAUCAUCCAAAAUGUAAAACCAACGAAGUCAGACACAGUUCCUUCUAAUGAUCCACAUUCUCUCUCCUUCACUGAGGAUGGAAUAUUCCCUGGAACACCCAGUAACCUUUACCUUGGCUGUUAUGCUAAUAUUGUCUUUGUUUUAGAAAACUCUAUUUCAAGAAGGGGUUUGAUGUUAUCUAGUCCCAGAGAUGAUGUGUAUAUAUCUCCUUUAAAAUGUACACGAUAUUGACAAUUUCAUGAAGAUGUGUAGAUCAUUUCAUGUGCAAUCAAAAUAGCUUGUGAUGCCGAUGUCAUUUAAAGGUUGAUGUAUUUGCUUUAUUUGUGACAAACAAUAUCUUUAAGUGUGAAUGGCCAGUGCUUUUGGAAUGCAUUUGUGUCACAUGUUUAUUUAUUGGAUUAUUUAUUUUAUUUUUAUCUGUUUUUCUUUCCACAUGCAUAUAUGAAUUGUAAACUGUGAAUUGUUAACCUGUUAAAUAUCACGUGUGUGUAGGGAUGUGUGUUAAUGCUGUAAUGCUGGAGUAUUAAGAUCAGUUUUAAAAGGAGUACUUGCCAAACAUAUGGCUCACGCAGGUGACAAUUUCUUUAUUAAUUCUAAUUGACUCCUGUCUCCAGGCAUUCAUUGUUUAACAAACAUGCUAAUUCCAUAAACUGUACUGAGCAUCAAAUACAGUUAUGUGCAAAAUAAUAGCA